AAAAUAUUAAAGAAUUGUGGGUGUCUCUUCUGCCAAGUUAACUCUAAUGGAUAAAUUUUCCCAUUCAGGAGGUUGCAAGUCAUGUGAUGAAUCUGCAGGAUUACAUCCAGCUUGUUGGCAACUCUUCAUAAAAGAUUCAACACGGAGGAAAUUUGAGCCCAGACUCCCCUCUGCCAGCCCCAGCCCCUCUGGCCCGCUGUCUGAGCACAGUGAGGUUUCUCUAACCCUGCUGGCUUUCAGGGACUGGGAGCUGAUCGAUCGAUCAAUACCUGCACUGGGUCCGGGGAAAUCGAUGAGAAGCUGGUGAUUGGAUUACGAGCGGCUGUGAGCUUUAGUGUGACUCCCAAAACUGGAUUGAGAAAUUAAUCUUGUGCCCUCCUGAUUUAAAGGAGAGAGAGAGAGAGGUAGCUGAGAGCUCUAAGGUGUCCUGUCGUGAGGAGUACGGAAUUUUCUGAUCAAUUUUGAAAAGUCUUUGCUCUGUUAACAGCUGACAAUGUGCGGCCACCGCUUAUUUCUUGAGCCUUUUGGCAAUUUUCAAAGGGGAUUAGAUGGAGUCGGAUCACCGGGUCUCGUUCCCAUGGCCUUGUUCAGAUAAACUGUUCGGCAAAAGCUUCCUGCAGGCGGGACGCUACAUCAUGUCCCAUAAAUCCUGGAUGAAGACAGUUCCAACAGAGAAUUGCGAUGUACUGAUGACUUUCCCAGAUACCACCGAUGACCACACAUUGCUCUGGUUACUGAACCACAUCCGACUUGGGAUCCCUGAGCUGAUCAUUCAGAUUCGGCAUCAUAAACACACCAACGUUUAUGCAUUCUUCAUGACAGCAACAUAUCAGAAUUUACUUCGAGGGGCUGAGGAAACGGGAUUGAGGAAGCCAGUGAAGGAGGAGUUUGGGGGAGGAUCGAGGGCUUUUUCCUGUGAUGAGGAUUACAUCUAUGAAAACAUUGAGAAUGAAAUCUAUUUCUUCACUUCUCAGGAGCGGCAGAGUAUUAUCAGAUAUUGGCUCGAGAACCUGCGAGCAAAGCAGGGGGAAAGUCUCCACAACAUCCACUUCCUGGAGGGACAGCCAAUCAUUGCAGAGCUCCUGACUCGGGGAAUUAUUCAGCAAGUCUUGCCAAUCCAUGAGCAGCGCAUCCUUAACCGACUGGUGAAAUCGUGGGUUCAGGCCGUGUGUGAGUCACAGCCAGUAGACGAGAUCUGUGAAUAUUUUGGUGUUAAAAUUGCAAUGUAUUUCUCCUGGCUCGGAUACUACACGUGGUGCAUGAUAUACCCAGCUGUCCUUGGCUUUGGACUCUGGACAUUUACGGAGUCGGACCAGACCAGCCGUGAUGUGAUCUGUGUGGCUUUUGCCCUGUUUAAUGUUGUGUGGACCACCUUGUUUCUGGAAGGUUGGAAGCGCCAGAGUGCGGAGCUCGCCUACAGAUGGGGAACACUCGACCGGCCAGCAGAGCUUAUUGAGGAGCCCAGGACCCAGUUCAGGGGUGUCAAGUGUGUCAGUCCAGUUACAGGUUGCGAGGACUUCUAUUAUCCACCUUGGAAACGGAGGUUGUUCCAGUACUUUGUCAGUCUUCCCGUCUGUCUCUUCUGUCUCUGCGUGGUCUUCUUGACCAUGUUAAUCUGUUUUGAACUGCAGGAAUUUGUGUCAAGUAUCAAAGAAUUGCCACGGAUUGUCACCUAUUUUCCUAAAGUCUUUUUAGCUGUUGUGAUUACAAUUUUUGACGAUGUUUACAAGAAAAUUGCCUACUGGCUAAAUGACAUGGAGAAUUAUCGUUUACAGAGUGCCUACGAGAAACACCUCAUCAUUAAACUAGUUUUGUUUCAGUUUGUAAAUUCGUAUCUUAGUCUUUUCUACAUCGGAUUCUACCUCAAAGACAUGGAGCGCCUCAAAGAGAUGUUGAUAGUCUUCUCCCUUUCCAAAAGUCUUAUCCGUCAGCUAAAAGAUGCCCUUCUCCCGUACAUUGUACUCAAAAUCUAUCUCCUCAUCAUCUUCAAACGAAACAUGGUGUCCAGGGUCUUCAUUGUCUGCUCUCGAUGGUUUCAGUGCCAAAUGUUGGCUGCUCUGUUAAUAACCAGGCAGAUCAUCCUGAAUGUGAAGGAAGUUCUGCAGCCCCUGUUCUAUGAGAAAUACAAGCAGGGGCACCUCACUCUGCAGGUGACAGUCAGGAUGCUGAGCAAUUUGUUCAGGUACACACCGCGCCAGGUCAGCGAGAGUGCACGGGCACCAGGAGAAGACAGUGCGGAACAAGCAGACGCCAACUGGGGAGACGGGCACCAGGAGCAGGAGCGCAAGUGUGAGAACGGGGCUUGUGGUGCUCCUGAGGAAGAGGAGCAGCAGAACGAGGAGGAAGGAGACAAGGAUAGUGUCCUGGACUGUGGCCUUCGCCUCUCCAAGAAAGUGAGCUUUGCCGGGAGUGGGCAGAAGGGGGUGAAGGAAGAGAGGAACUAUGAGAUGGAGGGUCUAAUACAAGGUAUGCUAAUGGAGGAAGGCAGUCCAAUCCUGGUGGAGCGAGGGGCUGAGGGAGGACUGGUGUUUGAACUGUGUGAGCAUGAUAUGAAGAUAGAGACUGAUGAUGGGGACGGUGGAGAGGAUGGGAAGGAGCUGAGUGUGAUGCUGAGACACAGGAGGAAGGAGAAGAACACAGAGCAAGGAGAGAACAGCGAGCCCCCCAGCAACAGACUCUCCUGGAUGGACCCACCAGACGAUUAUGAUGAUGCUCCUCUGACCCAGGGAGAAAUUGAGAGCUGUAUGCAAAAAUACGAGGUUCUUCCCUCGUUUUCACAGGACACUUUCCAGGAUUAUCAGGAAAUGUUUAUCCAGUUUGGGUAUGUGGUGCUCUUCUCAUCUGCGUUCCCCCUCGCUGCCAUGUGCGCCCUCAUCAAUAACGUCAUUGAGAUCCGCAGUGACGCCUUCAAAUUGUGCACUGGUUCCCAGAGGCCAUUUGGCCAGAGAGUGGACAGUAUUGGCCAGUGGCAGAAUGUGAUGGAGGCAAUGGGAGUGUUAGCCAUUAUCGUGAACUGCUAUCUGAUUGGCCAGUGUGGACAACUUCAGCGCCUUUUUCCCUCACUCAGUCCCGAGAUGGCCAUCAUCCUUGUAGUGGUCCUGGAGCACUUUGCGUUCCUGCUGAAGUACGUGCUGCAAAUCGCAAUCCCUGAUGUUCCUGCCUGGGUGGCUGAGGAAAUGGCGAAACUGGAAUAUCAACGGAGGGAGGCCUUUAAGAAACACGAGAGGCAGGCACAGCAACACUACCAGCAACAACAGAAGAGGAGGCAGCGAGAGGAAGAAGAGAAGCAUCGACAGGAACACAAGGAGAAUGUGCAGUCCCGGAAGGACAGGGAGGCGGGCAAGGAAGAGGCCAAGUCCAGCUCCUCAUCCUCGGAGCAAGCUCACAGCCGAGCUCACAGUAAAUCCAAGGCAGCUCCGUCCUGCCUCACUGCAGAGAAACCCAAGCGGCCCAGCUCCCUCCUGGCAUCCAACAAUGUGCUCAAGCUGAAGCAGAUCAUCCCGCUCCAGGGCAAGUUCCUGUCAGGCAGCGGAGCUGGUAACACCGUCCCUGGUAAGACCCCCCAGUCUCCCACUGGCAGCGAGAGCAAGCUGCCAGGCUUCCUGAGCUUCAAGUUCCUGAAGUCGCCAGCAGACGGCAAGAAGGAAGGAGCUGCUGAGAGGGAGAAGGUUCAGUCUCCCACCAAACCCUUCAAUCCUGGCAAGCUCUUCAACUUUGGUAAGUCUGACCCCGCGGGCUCCGGAGGCAAUGGGGCCAGUACCGUUACCACGAGCCAACCCAAAACCGGGGCGGCUGUGUCCUCCUCUGAAGGCAGUGAGAAAGCCGCCAGCAAGUCCGACCUCAAUGGGCUCCCUGAGGCAGCCAACCCUGAGGAUCCCAGCAGCUCACACCCGUCUGAGGAGUCCAGCAGCCCCAAACAUUAACAUGACAAAGAGAUAGAAGCUACACACGUGGACUGACACAAGUGUUCAUCGCGGGCAAAGUGAAAACUGGGUUGGAAACAACUGUUUACAAAAGUUUAAAAGUUUGACUCCUCUUGUCAUAACUUUGUGCAUCUAUUUUAAAAAAAAUUCAGGGAUGGAAGUGUGUAUUUGAUAAAUAGGAUUCUCAUCAUCUUCAGGUUUUUUUUUAUACAAGGUGAUUAGUGAAGACCAUUGCUUUCACUGAUACGAGGACUUUUGGUUUAAAGUUGUCAGGGGACAGCAGUGAAUUUCCUGUUAAUCUUCCUCUCUCUGACUGCUUACUUUUAAUACAAGGGAUGCUUUUAAUUGCCUGUCAACAUUUGAGCCAUUGUACUCUGGAACCUCUCACAAAAUAACCAAGAAUCUGCCCAAAAUAAAUGAAGUCAAAAAAAAGACUUUAAACAUUUUCACCAAUGAAAUGUACAGAACAAUCAUUUAUGUAGAGUGUGCGUGCAGCAGGAACUCGGGAAAAAUGCUAGAAUCUAUUAAUAGGGAUGUGCUAACAGGGCACUUUGAAAAUUGUAAUAUGUUCGGGCAAAGGCAAUAUAUAUUUCUGAAAGGGAAAUCUGCAAAGGAUUGUUUUAUGAGUGGAUGUCAUGCAUUUUGAUGUUCAAAAGGAGGUUUGUGCAUGAAAUUUGGAUUGGGGCAUGUACGGGGGAUUGACCAACAGAAAGAAAACAGGUUGGCUGGCUAGGACUAGUGAAUUAUCAUAAAUCAGCCUCAGCAAGAUGUAAUAUAUCAGCAAUGACCUAACGAGGAGACUAACUGUAAUGUAUCUAAAUUUGCUGAUGGAGUCAGUUUCACAAUGAGGGGGGAUCAUAGAAUCCCUACAGUGUGGAAACAGGCCAUUCAGCCCAACAUGUCCACACCAACCCUCUGAAGAGUAAC